AUGCCUCGAGAACUUUACCCUAUCGAUGACGUCCCCACAAAGUCAAUAGCAACAGAAGAAAUCGACUCAAUACUCAAAUCCAAGUUUUUAGAUCUCAUUUCCGCACCGCUUGGUGGUACUGUUCUUGACGUUUCUGAUGAAUGGUUCGCCCCUGCCACGAACCUGCUAUCUCCCAAGACCCCUAUUUAUAGCGAACGCCAAGUUUUCACCGGACAGUGGAUGGACGGAUGGGAAUCUCGCCGUCACAAUCGCAAGCCUUUUGAUUAUGUUAUCAUCCGUCUUGGUGUCGCUUCAGGUUCAAUUGUUGGUGUAGAAAUCGAUACAGCUUACUUUCAAGGCAACGAAGCACCUGCUAUUUCCGUAGAAGCUUGUUUUGCCACCAAUGACAGCGAGGUCGUUGGCUGGAAGGGAGAACGAGCAGGUUGGGAAACUGUGGUUGGGCGGAAAGAGUGUGGCCCAUCAAAAAGACAUGCGUGGAUGGCAGAGGCAAACACCAAACCGUACACACACGUUAGGUUGAACAUGUACCCUGACGGUGGCACAGCACGUUUCCGUCUCUACGGUGUUGCAAUUCCAAUUCUUCCAGAUGAGAAAACUGUUUGCGAUCUCGCUGCUGCUACCAAUGGCGGCAUGGUGGUAUCGUGCUCCAAUCAAGCAUUCGGAACUCUAGCGAGUAACUUGCUGCUGCCAGGCCGCGGACCAGAUAUGGCUGAUGGCUGGGAGACUGCUAGAUCUCGGACUGAAGAUCACGUAGACUGGGCGAUAGUAAAAUUAGGCAUUCCUGGAAAAGUUCAAAAGCUAGUCGUAGACACAGCACAUUUCCGGGGGAAUUAUCCUGAAAAGACUAUCGUCAUGGCGUUGAAAUAUGAGAAAGAAGGCGUACCUGAAUGUGAUGACAAAGACUGGAAGGAAGUCACUUCAAUGAAUGAGGGUGAGGCUGAUAAAGAGCAGGAAUUUGAGAGUUUGGUGCAGAACGAGACUUUUACGCAUGUCAAACUAAAUAUUUAUCCCGACGGGGGAGUCAAAAGGUUGAGAGUGUUUGGCACAAGAGCCUCACAGAAAUGA